CCGCCCUCGGCCCCUCCCCUGGGCCCCGCCUCCUGCGAGCGGCGCAGGCGGGGCCGCGCGGUUGCCGGAGCGACGCGCAGUGUUUGGGGGUCACCGGGCGUCCCUGGGCGCGGCCAUGGCAAGGCCGCAACUCUGCGGGCCCCCGCACGCUAGGUGCGGCUCGCCCUCGCUGCCGGAGCGGCCGCUGCAGGUGAAGGUGGUGGGGCUCUUCAGCUGCCCCAACUUUCAGAUUGCGAAGAGCGCCGCUGAGAAUCUGAAGAAUAAUCAUCCAUCCAAAUUUGAAGAUCCUAUAUUAGUUCCUCUUCAAGAAUUUGCAUGGCAUCAAUAUCUACAGGAGAAAAAAAGGGAACUCAAAAAUGAAACCUGGGAAUAUUCUUCCUCUGUGAUUUCUUUUAUUAAUGGUCAGUUCCUGGGUGAUGCAUUGGAUCUGCAGAAAUGGGCCCACGAGGUAUGGGAUAUAGUUGACAUUAAACCCUCUGCACUUUGUGACGCACUCACUGAGGAUUUUUCCGCUAAAUUCUUAAGAGACACCAAGCAUGAUUUCGUGUUUUUGGACAUUUGUAUUGAUUCUUCUCCAAUUGGAAGAUUGAUUUUUGAGCUAUACUGUGAUGUGUGUCCCAAAACAUGUAAAAAUUUUCAGGUCUUGUGCACAGGAAAAGCAGGGUUUUCUCAACGUGGCAUAAGACUACAUUACAAAAAUUCAAUUUUUCAUCGAAUAGUACGGAAUGGCUGGAUACAAGGAGGGGAUAUAGUGUAUGGAAAAGGAGAUGAUGGAGAGUCGAUUUAUGGACCAACAUUUGAAGGACAGGCUCCCAUGCAGGUGGAACUGUUGGGAAUGGCAUCAAAAUUAUCCAGGAUACAGGGACAAUCAUGACAAAGAGGGAAUAGGAACAGAGUCAGAAAUUUAAGGAAGAAAGCCACAUGCUUCAAUAUGCAAGAUUUUCAACAUGCAAGAGGGAGCUUUUUGAAACUAGAAAAUCUACUUUCUUUCCAAAGACACAUCUUCUAAACAUUUAGGAAAACUAAUGUCACCCUAUAUAACAAAGAGAGGUUCUCUGAAAGAAAAUGGUGUUUAUUCAGGAAUAGGGCAUUGCAGUAGGCAUACAUGUGCCAUAGGAAACGAUGUGCAUAUUCAGGAAGGUAAAGGGAGACAAAGGGUUUUAAAGGAAAAUUGGGGAAGAUUACAUAAUUGUUUUGAAAUGAUUAUCCUUGGCUAUCGUGAUCAGUAACAAGAGUCCAAGGUUGGACUGGACAGGUGUCCCUGCAGAAGUAUUGAUAUUUCCUGCAUAAGGUUGCAAUGGCCUUUAUGCAAGGUUGUGGCUUUUGUAGUUCUUUGUGAUUGUUUUGUUAUCAGGCAUACAAGUGUGAGAGUUCUCUGUUCAUAGCUUUCCUUGGCUCUAUUUGUCAGCAUUUUUUAAACAUGACUACAUUUUGAUUCUGACCACUAUUACACUAAUUUUAUAUUAGAAUGAACAAUAGAAGUUUCAAGGUGAUUAUAAGAAUAAAGAGAAUAAGGAGCAGAGUAACAUCAGCACUGAUAAUGAAUGUACCCUAGAAAGACAUGCUCAUAGGAUACAGUUGACCCUUCAGCAACAUGGAUUUGAAGUGUACGAGUCCAUUUAAAGAAACUUACAGUCAGUUUCUUUAAAAAAAAAAAAAAAAUAGAGACAGGGUCUCACUAUAUUCCCCAAGCUGGACUUGAACUCCUGGGCUCAAGCAGUCUUCCCACCUUAGCCUCCUAAGUAGGUGGGACUACUACCUACUUGGAGGAGCAUUUUUUGGAGAAGCUACCACUGCACCUAUACCAUCAGGUGUGAAAACCUUGCACUUUUUUGUGAAAUACUUUUACCUUUUUUUUUUUUUUUUUUUUUUUUUUAAGAGACAGGAUCUCACUUUGUCAUCCAGGCUAAAGUGCAAUGGCGUGAUCACAGCUCAUGGUAACCUUAAACUCCUGGGCUCAAGGGAUCCUCCUGCCUCAACCUCCCAGGUAACUAGGACUACAGGUGCAUGCCACCAUGCUGGCUAAUUUAAAAAAAAAAAAAUUUGUAGAGAUGGGGUCUUGCUCUGUUGUCCAAGCUGGUCUCCAACUCCUGGGCUCAAGUGGUCCUCCUGAGUUGGCCUUCUGAGUCAUUGGGAUUACAAGUGUGAGCCACCAAGCCUAGCCUGCAAAAUACCUUUUUUGUCUUGUAUUGAAAAUGCAGAUUUUUUGUGGGCACAGGAUGGCUAUAAGAAAGGCAGACCUGUAGACUCUAAUAUGAUUUGAGAAAAAGCAAAGUUAUUAUAUGACAACUUAAAGCAAAAGGAAGGUAAAAGAUCUAAAACUGGAUAAUUUAAUUCCAGCAAAAGACAGUUUGAUAAUUUUAGAAAAAAGUUUGGCUUUAAAAAUGUCCAGAUAACAGGAGAAGCAGCUUCUUCUGACCAAGAGGGAGAAGAUGAAUUCCAAGAUGUCAUUAACAAAGUGAGAAGAAAAAGGGUAUCUACCUGAACAAGUUUUAUGGCAGUCAAAAGUGACCUAUUCUGGAAAAAAAAAAAAGCCACAAAAAGGCCAGGCGCAGUGGCUCACACCUGUAAUCCCAGCACUUUGGGAGGCUGAGGUGGGCAGAUCAUCUGAGGUCAGGAGUUCAAGACCAGCCUGGCCAACAUGGUGAAACCCUGUCUCUACUAAAAAUAUAAAACUUAGCUGGGCGUGAUGGCAGGUGCCUGUAAUCCCAGCUACUCAGGAGACUGAGACAGGAGAAUCACUUGAACUCGGGAGGCAGAGGUUGCAGUGAGCCGAGAUCGCAUCACUGCACUCCAGCCUAGGAGACAGAGUAAGACUCUUGUCUCAAAAAAAAAAAAAAAGCCACAAAAGACAUUUAUUAGUAAGAGAAGCAAACACUAGCAUUUAAGGCAGGAAGGAAUAGGCUAACUGUACUGUUGUGUGCCAAUGCAGUUGGGUUUAUGAUCCAGACUGCCCCUAACCAUAAAGCUGCUAACCUAAACACCAACUGCCAGCCUUUUGGUUGUACAAAAAGGCCUGGACAAUGAGAACCCUUUUUCUAGAUUGGUUCCAUCAAUACAUUCUCCCUGAAGUUAGGAAGUACCUUGCCAGUAAGGGACUACCUUUAAAAGUUCUUUUGAUAUUGAACAAUGAUGCCCCUGGCCACCAGAACACCAUGAGCUCAACACCGAAGGCAUCAAAGUGGUCUACUCGUCCCCAAACACAACAUGUCUAAUUCAGCCUCUAGUCAGGGGGUCAUAAGGACCUUUAAGGCUGAUUACACAUGGUACUCUAUGGAAAGGAUUGUCAACAUUAUGGAAGAGAACCCCAAUAGAGAGAACGUCAUGAAAGUCUAGAAGGAUUAUACCAUUCAAGAUGCCAUGGUCGUUAUAGAAAAAGCCAUGAAAGCCAUCAAGCUCAAAACAAGUUUCUGCUGGAGAAAAUUGUGCCCAGAUGUUGUGCUUGACUUCACGGGAUUUAUGACAGAGCCCAUCAAGGAAAUCAUGAAAGAGAUUUGUGGAUAUGGCAAAAAAGAUGAGGGGUGAACGUUGUCAAGAUAUGGAUCUUGGAGAAAUUCAAGGCCUAAUAUAUACCACAGCAGAGGCAUUCAAAGAUGAGUUGAUGAAGAUGAGUGCCUCUGAACCAGUGCCAGAUCAUGAGGAAGAAGACGUAGAAGGAGCAGUGUCAGGAAACAAACUGACACUAGACAAUCUGGCGGAAGGGUUCCAGUUACUCAAGACUACUUUUGACUUCUUUUACAACAUAGACCCUUUUAUGAUAAGAGCAAUGAAACUAAAGCAAAGAGUGGAAGAAGGAUUGAUACUGUAUGGAAACAUUGCUAGAGAAAUGAAAAAGCAAAAAGUCAAACAGAAAUUAAAAUGUAUUUCCGUAAAGUUAACAGAGUGUGCCCACCUUUCCUGCCUCCCCUUCCACCUCGUCCACCUCUCUCCCUCUGCCACCCUGAGACAGCAAGACCAACUCCUUCUCUUCCUCCUCCUCAGCCUACUCAGUGUGACAAGGAUGAAGACUGUUAUGAUGAUCCACUUCCACUUAAUGAAUAGUAGAUAUAUUUUCUCUUCCUUAUGAUUUUCUUUAUAACAUUUUAUUUUCUCUAGCUUAUUUUAUUGUAAGGAUACAGUAUACAAUACAUGUAACACACCAAAUAUAUGUAAUCAACUAUUUAUGUUAUUGAUAAGGCAUCUAGUCCAUUGCAGACUAUUAGUAGUUAAGUUACUGAGGAGUCAAAAGUUAUAUGUGGAUUUUUGACUGCUCUGAGGGGUUGGUGUCCCUAACCCCCGCAUUGUUUAAGUGUCAACUGUACAUCAAAACUGUAACAGUCUAUAUCAAAAUAAGCUAAAGAAGCCUGGGCAACAUGGCAAACCCCAUCUCUACAAAAAAUACAAAAAUUAGCUGGGCAUAGUGGCGCACACCUGUAAUCCUAGCUACUUGGGAGGCUGAGGUGGGAAGAUUGCUUGAGCCUGGGAGGCAGAGGCUGCAGUGAGCCAAGAUUGCACCACUGCACUCCAGCCUGGGCAACAGAGCAAGACCUUGUCUCAAAAAAAAAAAAAAAAAAAAGCUAAAAGACAUUAAGAAAAUGAUGCAAGACAUGAAAGAGCUCAUAAAUCAGAAUUAGAAAAACUUAAACAUGAUGUGACAGAGCUGAGGAAAGAAGGGCUAAGGAAAGCAAUGAAAGACAAAUAAUUUCAAAAGUGAGUAAACUACAAGGAACACAAGAGGAAAUAAAAAUACAACAUAUGUCCUAAAAGAAGUACAAGGUAGGCAGAGGAAUUUUUUUGUUUGCUUCAAUUUUUGUGGGUACAUAGUAGGUGUAUAUCUUUAUGAGGUACUUGAGAUAUUUUGAUACAGGCAAGCAAUGUGAAAUAGUCACAUCAUAUAAAAUAGGGUAUCCAUCUCCUCAAGCAGUUAUCCUGUGUGUUACAAACAAUCCAAUUAUACAUUUUUAUUUUAAAAGGUACAAUUAUUAUUGACUAUAGUUGCCCUCUUGUUCUAUCAAAUACGAGGUCUUACUCAUUUUUUCUUUUUUUUUGUGCCUAUUAACCAUCCCCACCACCCUCCUUUAACCCUCACUACCCUUCCCAGUCUCUGGUAACCAUCCUUCUACUCUCUGUUUCCAUGAUUUCAUUUGUUUUGAUUUUUAGAUCUCACAAAUAAAUGACAACAUGUUA